UUUAUUUAGUUUUUGAAUGCAUUGUUCGCCACAUCACUGGUGUGUCUGUCAUAUCUGAUUCAAUUGAUUCAAACAAAUCUGGAUUUAAAUUAAUUAAUUUCAUUGAAAGAUAUAUAUACACGAAGAUUAUACGUCCAUUGAUUGUCACCACCUGAAGUCAUCGUCAACUUUCUUCAAUUGGUUUGAUCUCAACACACGUGAUGGCCGAUGAAAAUGAACCGUCAGUUCCGGCAACAGUUGAAGAACCGUUGGAUUUGAUUCGUCUGAGUCUAGAUGAAAGGAUUUACGUUAAGAUGCGAAACGAACGGGAACUUCGCGGUCGUCUUCACGCCUACGAUCAGCACUUGAAUAUGGUAUUGAGUGAUGUGGAAGAAAGUGUUACCACUGUUGAAAUCGAUGAAGAAACCUAUGAAGAAGUAUAUAAGACUGACAAACGACACAUUUCGAUGCUCUUCGUCAGAGGCGAUGCCAUCAUUCUGGUCUCACCGCCCAUCAGAUCCACUAAUUAAAAGUGUUCAUUGAUUUGUUGAUCCAAAAACUCUUGUAUUUCUUGUACUAUUUAAAAAAAAAAAAUUAAUUAUCAUUUGUGAGUGU